AUGGGGGGGUUCCGCAAGGCCGAGGACAGUGGAGAGGGGGAGAGGAUCGGAUGGGGGAGACGAUCGGAUGGGGAGAGGACGGAUGGGGAGAGGACGGAUGGGGAGAGGACGGACGGGGAGAGGACGGACGGGGAGAGGACGGACGGGGAGAGGACGGACGGGGAGAGGACGGACGGGGAGAGGACGGACGGGGAGAGGACGGACGGGGAGAGGACGGACGGGGAGAGGACGGACGGGGAGAGGACGGACGGGGAGAGGACGGACGGGGAGAGGACGGACGGGGAGAGGACGGACGGGGAGAGGACGGACGGGGAGAGGACGGACGGGGAGAGGACGGACGGGGAGAGGACGGACGGGGAGAGGACGGACGGGGAGAGGACGGACGGGGAGAGGACGGACGGGGAGAGGACGGACGGGGAGAGGACGGACGGGGAGAGGACGGACGGGGAGAGGACGGACGGGGAGAGGACGGACGGGGAGAGGACGGACGGGGAGAGGACGGACGGGGAGAGGACGGACGGGGAGAGGACGGACGGGGAGAGGACGGACGGGGAGAGGACGGACGGGGAGAGGACGGACGGGGAGAGGACGGACGGGGAGAGGACGGACGGGGAGAGGACGGACGGGGAGAGGACGGACGGGGAGAGGACGGACGGGGAGAGGACGGACGGGGAGAGGACGGACGGGGAGAGGACGGACGGGGAGAGGACGGACGGGGAGAGGACGGACGGGGAGAGGACGGACGGGGAGAGGACGGACGGGGAGAGGACGGACGGGGAGAGGACGGACGGGGAGAGGACGGACGGGGAGAGGACGGAUGGGGAGAGGACGGAUGGGGAGAGGACGGAUGGGGAGAGGAUGGAUGGGGAGAGGACGGAUGGGGAGAGGAUGGAUGGGGAGAGGCGAAAUGGGGGGAUUGCGCGGAAUGGGGUGGGGCGGGAUGGGGUGGGGCGGAAUGGGAUGGGGCGGAAUGGGGUGGGGAGGGAUGGGGAGAUGAGGGAUGGGGAGAUGAGGGAUGGGGAGGUGAGGGAAGGGGAGAAGAGUGAUGGGGAGUUGAGGGAUGGGGAGUUGAGGGAUGGGGAGAUGAGGGAUGGGGAGAUGAGGGAUGGGGAGAUGAGGGAUGGGGAGAUGAGGGAUGGGGAGAUGAUGGACGGGGAGGAGAGGAGAGAGCGCACGUGUGCGACGAGAGGGGAGAGAGCGUAG